AUGAUGUCACAUGUUAUGAGAAUAUUUCGUUUUGCUAAUGUGCCAGUUGAUUUCGAAGAAGUUGAACUAACUUCAAGCCUUGCUGAUGAUUCUUUAGAAAAUGCAAUAAUUGCUAUAAAACGUAAUGGUAUCGCUAUAAAAGGAAAUAUUGAAACAAAAUUCGACGACCCUGCUUUCAAAUCACACAACGUUGAACUUCGUAAGCGCCUCGAUUUGUAUGCUAAUGUACUACACUGUGUAACAAUUCCCACAAUUCCUUCAAGACAUAAAAAUAUUGAUAUCGUAUUAAUACGUGAAAAUACUGAAGGUGAAUAUUCUGGGCUUGAACACGAAGCUAAAAAGGGAAUUGUCGAAAGCCUGAAGAUUGUAACAAGGCAUAAUAUUGAACGAAUUGCUCGUUUUGCAUUCGAUUAUGCAAUGCUGAAUAAGCGAAGAAAAGUAACAGCCGUGCAUAAAGCCAAUAUUCAGAAACUUGGCGACGGUCUUUUUCUGAAGGUUUGUAAAGAGCUUGCUGCGUCGGAAUAUCCAUCGUUGGAGUUGAAUUCAAUGAUCGUCGAUAACGCUUCUAUGCAAUUGGUUUCAAGACCACAGCAGUUCGAUGUGGUUCUUAUGCCCAAUCUAUACGGAAAUAUUAUUUCAAAUAUUGUUUGCGGAAUUGUUGGUGGUGCGGGUCUUAUAUCUGGCAUUAAUAUUGGUUCUAAAUAUGCUGUUUUUGAAACUGGCACUCGAAAUUCGGGUACAAUUUUAGCUGGUAAGGAUAUUGCAAAUCCAACUGCUUUUAUUUGUGCUUCUCUUGACGCUUUAAGAUAUUUGCAUCUUGAUACGUAUGCUGAUCUGAUUUCACAUGCGUUGUAUAAGAGUUUAACAGUACAGGGUAUGCACACCAAGGAUAUUGGUGGUGAUAAAAAAUUGUCCGAAGUCAUCGAAGCUAUAAUUGAUAAUCUUCGAGAAUCUCAGUCUUUAUGA